CCCUACACCUUGUUUUUGAGCUGGGUGGGCUUCUCAUUCUCAACCUCCGAACUAUUUGUCUUCUCAUAGCGACCUCCUAUUUAUGAGUUUCUACCGCGCGUGAAAAACAGACAUUUUUCUAUAAAAAUCUUGGCGUUCAUUUUACGGCUGUAUUAUUUUCGUCGCAAUGAAAGUCAGAGUUCAAGUUGACCUCCCAUUUUUGUUUGGAAGUGUGCUGCAGAGAUCGAAGGCAGAUUAUCAUCAACGCUGCACUAUUGGACAGCAAAAGGGCCCAGAGCUGUCUUAACUUGGACCACACACUUAUGGAAUUCUACCAAUUUACUAGUUUCACCGUGAGCGUGAUCAUUUCUUGAAGUUUGAUAGGAGACAUUUGUUGCUUGCCUCAAUGUGAGAGGACGCGAAAAGUUGCUGCUGUUUUGCCUCAAUCCUUUUCCCUUGCUGACUGAAGAGUUGUUUCUUUGCUACACUGUACUUCCAACACUUCACAGUGGACGUUGAAGAUGAUCUCAGCUCAAGAACCCCAGUGUCAAAUCCUGAUCAUUUCUGUCUAUUUACUUGCUCUGUUCCUUGGCACCACCGCGGCUGGUGUUCCGGAGCAGGACGGCUUCAAUGCGGAGGCAUGGCUUCGUCAAUUCGGCUACUUGUCUCAGGCCAGCAGACAGAUGUCCACGAUGCAGUCAGCUCAGAUCCUGUCCCAAGCAAUAAGUGACAUGCAGCGUUUCUACGGCUUGGAGGUGACCGGCAAAUCUGACCCCGCCACUGUCGCGGCCAUGCGUCGACCUCGUUGUGGCCUCCCAGACAAAAAAGCCGACCUGGAUGAUGGCACGAGGAAGAGACGCUACGCUCUCACGGGACAACGGUGGGACAAGGACCACAUCACCUACAGUAUUUUGGACCAGCACAUCCCGGCCUCCCUGGGAGCGCAGAGGGCAUUUGAUGCGAUCCGCAGAGCCUUUAUCGUGUGGCAAAGCGCCACGGCGCUCACCUUCCAAGAGCUACCGGCUCAACGGGGCAACAGCAGCCAGGCUCAGCUCGCGGACAUCCUGUUGUUGUUCGCCUCUGGUUUCCAUGGCGACAUGUCUUUGUUUGACGGCGAAGGGGGAUCACUGGCCCAUGCUUUCUACCCCGGGCCUGCAAUGGGUGGGGAUACACACUUUGAUGCGGAUGAGCCUUGGACUUUGGACAGUCCAAACCAUCAAGGUAUUGACCUCUUCCUGGUUGCGGUGCACGAGCUCGGUCACGCUUUAGGUCUGGAGCAUUCUGACAAUCCCCAUGCCGUUAUGGCUCCGUUCUACCAGUGGAUUCACACGCACAACUUCACACUGCAUGAAGAUGACAUCCAGGGAAUACAGAAAAUAUAUGGUCCCCCUCGUGUUACUGAGGCUCCUCCCAAACCUGGUGGUGAUCCGGAACAUGCAUUACCCACCUCUACUUUUCCCACUGAAGACAAACCCACCCGUCCUCCUCCAGUUGAUGCUGAACCGGACACUCCAAGCCCCACCAAAGGAAGCCCGCAUGUGCCGAACGAACCCGAGCCAACCCCCGUCUUGACCACUCGUCCCGCAAUCCCCACUACCACCCACCCUGACACAGAAGUCACUUCACCCACGAGAAAAUAUGUGCCCCAUCUUCCGCCUACUCGCCAGCCUCCCAAGCAGCCGGAUAACAAAGCCCCUGAUAUCUGUGAUGGGGACUUUGACACUGUGACCCUUCUAAGGGGCGAGAUGUUUGUGUUCAAGGGUCGCUGGUUUUGGCGUGUGCGUAGGAAUCGAGUCCUGGACAACUACCCCAUGCCGAUAUCUGUCUUCUGGGCUGGUCUUCCAGACAACAUCGAUGCAGCUUAUGAGCGCCAUGAUGGCAAAUUUGUCUUCUUUAAAGGUGAUGAAUACUGGGUAUUCAGGGAAGCGGAUGUUGUGCCCGGAUACCCGCAGCCCAUUCGGCAAUAUGGUCAAGGUAUCCCAUCUCACGGCAUCGACACAGCAGUCUGGUGGGAGCCGAAUGGAUACACCUACUUUUUCUCGGAUGACCGAUACUGGAGAUUCAAUGAGGAGACCCGUAGAGCGGACCGAGACUUCCCAAAACCAAUCAGCAGAUGGGGAAAGAUCCCUCCUUCACCCAAAGGAGCCUUCCUCAGUGACGAUGGCGCAUACACCUAUUUCUACAAAGGCACCAAUUACUGGCGCUUUGACAACCACAAGACGGUAGCAGACAAAGGCUACCCACGCUCCAUCCUCAAAGAUUUCAUGGGCUGUGUGGGCGUCCCGGAGCCCCAGCCAGACCCAGACAUUGAGCCCAAAGCUGAAGACAAACCCACGAAGCCUCCAGACAGCGGGGACGAUGCACACAAGAACGCAGAUCGUGAAAAAGAUACGACAGCCGAAAAAGUUGACGACGGCCCACAAGUAGAUGAGGAUGACCAAGAUGUAAACGUGGUUGUGACGGUGGCCGACAACGGAUCCAAGGUCAUGACCUUGAUUAUGGUGGUGGUUCCUCUGGUGCUCAUUUUGUGUAUCCUGGUCCUCAUCUAUGCCAUUCUCAGGACUCUGCAGAACAAAGAGACUCCCAGAGCGCUGGUGCACUGCAAGCGCUCGCUGCAGGACUGGGUGUGACGCACUUUCAGACCCAUACAGUAGACACACUAUUUUUCUUCUGCAGUGUUUUGGUAGGAAGAUUGUUGUAUUGUGGCUAUUUAGCCAUGCUUAAUAAUGCAGAACUUGUGAAGUGGUAACUAUAGUGCCUGUGGAGCUCGUUUAAAAUUUCCCUUUGUCACAUUCAUUUGAUCCCAUUUCUCAGAUGCCAUAGACUUAUUGUGAAAGACACAUGGCAUAAUAGGAAUGGAGUGUUUUCAAUUAUCUGCAGCCAGACAGAGAUCGGGAAUUGACAGAUGUUUCUGCACUGAUCACAGAUCUUCUUUGCGCUUGACGUUUCUCUACUGUUGUUGUUUUGCUGCUGCUGCUGCUGCUUCCACGCCCGCGCCAGCACUCUGAAGCGCACGCUAGCAGGGGUCAUCCUCCGAGCAGCGCAGGAAUGUAAAUAUCACAUGAUCUCAAAAGCCCCCGAAGAGACAAGACGCACUCAGAGAGUGCUUACCUAAACACAGGCACAUAAUACACUACGAGGUGUUUUUUUUUUUUUUUUUUUGGUACGCAGACUCUCAGGCUCCAGCCUGCAGUCCUCCCACCAAGAUGACUAUUCAGUCCCCACCACGAAAUAUACAAUCCCAGCGGAGCCGUAUUGUUUGUAACAAUGUAGUGUUUAGAAUCACUUUUCUUUACUAAAUACCCCUUUGCUCUAACUUAAACCAAAAGCGAGAUAAGCGUCCAUAACAUUUGGGAGUUCCGUGCGGACUGGAUAAAGAAGAACCGACCGGGGUCUGGUUUCUAUUAGGCCCACAUGCUGAAGAUUUCAUAGUUUCGGGGCUUGAAGAAGGGAGAGAUAAAUGGAAAGGAAGAAAUGAAAAUGUUGAGGAGGAAAUGAGAGAGAAUGAGAUGAGGGUUCUGCCAGAUAUUUUUCCUUGGAAAAGGAGGAGGGGGGAGAAAAAGGGAGGAGCAACGCUGGCGUUGUGCCUCUUGACCUACAUGAUUUAAAUCCCACUCCUUUUUCCCCCCAGUUUGUUGCCAUUAGCGGGAGAUGACUUCCUCUUCCAACUCCUCCCUUCCUCUUCUCUUCUUCUAUCCACUUUUCUGCAGUUUCCAUCUACAUUUUUUGUCCCACAUGUAUUCAUUUGAGCUACAUUCUUCUCCAACACAAACCUGAAGAAUUUCAAAAUGUUGAUGCCCAGUCAGUACUUUUUGCAGAUUUUGUUCUUCUCUGUGAAAAGCCGAAGAUCACAGACUCCACUCAUUUGCAUUUGCUUUCUGUGGAUUCUUCCCUCUACAUUGAAUUUUGUUUUAAAGACCUACUUAAAAUUUGUAGUGUUGUUCAUGUGAGCAGUCAUCAAGUAUUCCAAAAGUGUUCAUGCAUGCAGAGCAUGUUGUGUUUUGGGGCCUGCACAGUCCGGUGUGGAUUUUGUAGAACACUGACAAUAAAAUUCACCAGUAAAAACAAAA